AUGGCCAGCGAGGCGCACCAAGGGCUUCUUUCCAAGUCGAGGCCGAUCAGCCAGCGCGCGCUUCUUCUUCUGGGGGCUGCCGAUCAGCCCCAAAAGAACUUCGGCAAUCCUAGCACCGCUGCAGCGCUUGUUGUUCUCUGGGUGGACUGCUGGGGGAACGCCGCGUCACCGGAUCGACUAGCCGCCGGCUGUGACUUGGGCGUGCUUGGCGCUCUCCAAGCACCGAUCAGCACGCUCGCCCCUCUGAGAGCGGCUGAUCGCCAUCCUGUGAAAGCCUCCUCAGGCCCAACUCUAUCUAUCCCACCCGGCCAGCCGGAAGAGAGCGGCUCGACUCCCGGCGAGCGAACGUGCUAA